CUGACAUUUUUAGUCGCGCUCCGAGUCCAGAGCUGCCAUAACGUAACGCUUCGAUCCGAUUCCGAGUGCACCGCUGGCGGUGCGCCGUUUAGAAACAAUUGUGACUGUUGCUCCGAGUUGGGAAUCGGGAAAUGUUAGAAUUUACACACACUGCCCGUAACACAACACUGAUUCGAAAAACCCUGUUGCCUUACCGCCAACUGUUAACGAUUGUUACAACUGUGUUAGCACGCACACACCACACGCGUGUGUUUACGAGUGCCUUAAAAAGUGUUCCCCAAAAUAAGUGGUAGUACGAAGCAAAGUCCAUAAUUAUGGCCAGCAAAGGUCAGCAGGCGGAGGCCCAGCAAUUGUAUCCGCAGCCCACAAGAGUGGAACUGCUCACAGCCCAGACGGAAACCAACCAGAAACCACGAUGGGGCAAUCUCCUGCUGCUGGUGGCCCUGGCAACCACAUUUGGAGGUGCUGUGCCCACCGGCUAUUGCAUAGGCGUUAUCAACGCCCCCUCCAAGCUCAUGAAAGUUUGGUGCAAUCAGACAGUGCACGAGACCUACGGCAGUAACCUCAGUUCCGGCGGUCUGGAACUAUUGUGGUCGUGCAUCGUUUCUGUGUUCCUGGUCGGCGGCGCCAUCGGUUCGCUGGGCGGGGCUGGAGCGGCCAAUAAAUUCGGCAGAAAAGCAUGCUUCCUCAUCUGCGGAGGCAUGUUCACCGUAGGAGCGGUGCUGUUCUUCUUCUGUCGUGCCGCUGGUUCCGUGGAGAUGCUGAUAAUCGGAAGGUUUAUUGUGGGCCUGGCCUCUGGCCUUGUGACCGCCACCCUGCCGAUGUACCUUUCCGAGGUGGCUCCUCUGGCGCUGCGCGGCACACUGGGCGUUUUCUGCGCCGUAGGAGUAACGGGCGGCGUGGUCGUCGGCCAAGUCUUCAGUUUGGCCGAUAUCUUUGGCACCGAGGAUCUUUGGCACUAUGCGCUGACAGCCUACAUGAUUCUGAUCCUGGUGUGCUACCUGCCUUCUUACCUAUUGCCCGAGAGCCCCAAGUUCCUGUAUAUCGUCAAGGGAAAUCGUGCGGCAGCCAAACGGGAGCUUCAACGUCUGCGUGGCAAGGAUGCCGAUGAGCUCAUCGCUCAAGAGAUUGCCGAGAUGGAAGGGGAGAGCAAUGCCAAGGUUCAAAGCAGCAGCUUCUGCGAUGUACUGCGCGAUCCUCGUCUAACGUUGCCCCUGAUCAUUGUCUGUUGCUUCCAUGGUGGCCAGCAAUUGUCGGGCAUAAAUGCGAUAUUCUACUACUCGGUGAGCAUCUUUGAGAAGGCCGGACUUUCCACCGUGAAUGCCCAGUGGGCCAAUUUAGGCGCUGGCUGCCUGAAUCUGUGCGUAUCCCUUUUGGGUCCUUGGCUAAUGGCUUACUGCAAUAGGCGAACCCUCAUGAUGUUCUCCUGCGCCCUGUGCUCCGUCUUCUUGUUCACCAUCGCCUUCGUUUUGUUCUAUAUUGACCAAGUCAGCUGGUUUGCCAUUGCCUGUAUCGUCUGCAUCAUGGGCUACAUCUUCUUUUAUCAAUUUGGACUGGGUCCCAUUCCCUACUUCAUCGGCUCAGAAUUAUUUGAGGUGGCUCCGCGCUCAGUGGCCAUGUCGAUGGGCAGUCUUUCCUCGUGGACUUGCAAUUUCAUAAUUGGCAUCUCGUUCCCGCUCCUGCAGAACGCGUGGGACGCUUUCGUGUUCCUGCCCUUCUCCAUUACCUGUGUACUGCUCUUCCUGCUGACGAAAUUCUAUCUGCCUGAAACGCGGGGACGCGAUCCGUCCGAGGUGGCGCCACUCGUAUCGAAGGGCUUCCGCUCCAAGGUCAAAUGAGACCUCUCCCUGUGGACUCAUCUUACAAUUAGCCUUAAGUAGCCGGUGUUAUGUGGUGAUACGUUUUAACUCCGAUGGCAGAGUGGGCCACUCAUUGACUCGUCCUUUUCAUGUGCCUUUUGUAAAAGCCGACAAUAAACCGGAAUCCACAUUGUUCAGGGUCGAAUUGCUACAAUUAAUUGCAAUUGCCCGUUUAGUCUGUAAGCUCUUUUGUACAAACCAAUAAAUGCGUAAACGGA